AUGGCGGCGAAGAAUGUCCUGCUGCUGGUUGCUGACGACCUCGGCAAACAGCUGGGCUGCUACGGAAAUCCCUACACCAAGACCCCAAACAUCGACAAGCUUGCCUCCGAGGGUGUCAGGUUCGACAACGCCUUCGCCAGCACUGCUUCGUGCAGCGGAAGCCGCUCCACCAUCUACACCGGGCUGCACACUCACCAAAACGGGCAAUAUGGCCUCAACAGUGGAAAACACCAUUUCAUGACUUUUGAUCACAUCGAGUCUGGUCCUGCCCUCCUGGCCAAAAACAGUGUCAGAACUGGUAUCAUUGGCAAAGUCCACGUCGGGCCCGAUGCUGUUUAUCCAUGGGAAUGGCGAGCUGAGAGUCUGACAAGGGACGUUUGGUGGUCUGCUCAGCGAGCCAAGGAAUUCUUUGAGGCUUCUCAGAAAGAUGGCAGACCAUUUGUGUUGACCGUCGGAUAUCACGAUCCUCAUCGAGAUCGCACUCGUGGGGGCUUUGGCAACGAUGAGCCUGUCGAUGAUCGGAUCCAAAGCGUUAAGUACCGGCCUGAGGAUAUCGUUGUUCCUGAGUUUCUAUCGGAUACCCCUGGAGCUAGACAGGAGCUGGCAGAAUACGCCGAGGCUAUUAGCCGCUUGGAUCAGGGAGUCGGUUUUAUACUCAAGGAACUGGAAAUUGCUGGGUUCGCGAAGGAUACACUUGUCAUCUUUAUGAGUGACAACGGACCUCCGUUUAUGAACUCAAAGACGACUUUGUACGACGCAGGAGUUCGAUUGCCACUUAUCAUACGGCAGCCAGGCUCGAAGUCUUCUGUCAACACAAACCUGGUGUCAUAUGUGGAUAUCCUACCUACCAUCCUGGACUGGACUUUGGGCCAAGCUUCACAAGAAGCCAAGAAGCAGCUAUCUGGCCGCUCGUUUCUUCAGGUCCUCCAUGAAGUCAAGGAUCUUGCCGAUUGGGACCACGUCUUUGGAUCUCACACCUUUCAUGAAUCAACCAACUACUGGCCCACUCGUUUCAUCCGAACCCGUCUAUACAAGUACCACCGCAACAUUGCAUGGAGAUUGGAUUUUCCAUUCGCCAACGAUAUUUAUGGAUCUUUGAGUUGGGAAGAUAUUCGGAACGCAGAAGAGAGUCCAAAGAAGAUUGGGCAGAGGAAGCUCAAAGACUACUUUUUCCGCCCACCUGAAGAACUUUAUGACUUGGACAAUGACCCUCAAGAAGUUACGAACCUAGUCAAGAGUCCUGACCACCAAGAGGUAUUGGAAGAGCUGAGGGGCAGGCUAGAAGAUUGGCAACGAAGGACAAAUGACCCUUGGCUUUACCGGGACGGAAUCUCAAUUUUGCUGAACAAGCAUCAUCUUGAUGCCGGUUUGGAAGUCCCAGAUAAGUGGGAUCUGGACAUCGAGCAUCCUGAGACAAACAGAGGUGAUGCACCAAAGUACAAGAACUUGCCCUUUGGCAUAGCUGGAGCUAGAGAUUAG